AUGUCUGAACCCCCUCUUGCACCAACUUUCCUGCCAGCAGAGCCAGUGAUGCCAAACAUCACAAUCAGUUAUGAAGCUCUCAACCACAGAGAGGAGUCUGUGUCUGAAAAUGCAACACGAAGCAUCUUUGGCUGGUUGCGGGUUGAAGGGUACCCACCAGGGGAGAUGAAAAUACAUGAGUGGAUGUUGGCUGCCUCCUUCAAUCCAGGAAAACAGCUGGAAAAUUCUGUCCCUGCCAUGCAAGAUAAAAGGUGGGGCAAAAGAAGACCUUUUUGUCUCUGGUCUCUUGUCUUGGGGCCUGGCAUUAGCACCAGGGCUUUUGUCAUUAGAGGGCUUCCAUGGAUAGGAGGGAGCUCUGGAGGAGAAGAAGGUGUGUUAGCAGGCUCAGUAACAAAAGGAACAGGCAAGGACUCAGGUCUGGUGUUUGGAGCUGUUGCUGCUCUGGCUGUGGUAUUUGCUGGUGUUCUUGCUGCACAGGAGCUUUGUUUGUUGAAUUCACCAGCUUCACAUUCUCAAAUAGAUACAUAUUAUACCAUACUUCCAUUUGGUGAGCCCCACACAGCAAUGGUGACUGCCUGGCUUCUAGUCAUCCAUUCUCUUGUGGUCAAAUUGAUUGAGUGCGCGGCUUUCUAA